AUGUUAAUCCUACAGACAGUGAAACUAAUUCUACUCGCCCUGAAGCUACUGCCGCAACGAUUCACGCACCGGAAUGUACUGUUUAUGAUAUAUUUGGUUACACUCGUCACACACGUGAUGAUGGAUGAACCAAGAUUUGCUCAACCCAUUCCGAACGUUACCGUUGCCGUGGGACGGGAUGCUAACCUGCCCUGUGUAGUCGAACAUUUGGGCACCUACAAGGUCGCGUGGAUACAUAUCGACCGGCAGAUGAUUUUGACGAUACACCGCCACGUUAUUUCGCGCAUUCCGCGCUACAGCGUAACGUACGAUAAUUCCAACACAUGGCUGCUGCACGUCAGCCAGGCCCAGCAGGACGAUCGGGGCUAUUACAUGUGCCAAGUGAACACAAAUCCCAUGAUUAGCCAAGUCGGUUACCUGCAAGUAGUCGUGCCUCCCAACAUCCUGGACAUCGAAAGUACUCCGUCGUCAGUAGCCGUGCGAGAAAAUCAAAAUAUCAACAUGACAUGUCGUGCCGAUGGAUUCCCCACGCCCAAGAUCAUCUGGCGACGCGAAGACGGCCAAAGCAUUACCGUCGAGCGCAAGAAGAAAGUGAUGGUGUACGACGGGGAGGUUCUUCAUCUGACGAAAGUAAGCCGCAACGAAAUGGGCGCUUAUCUCUGCAUCGCCACUAAUGGUGUGCCACCGUCGGUGUCUAAGCGGAUUAUCCUUGAUGUGGAGUUUUCGCCAAUGAUUUGGGUGCCAAAUCAACUAGUAGGAGCACCACUCUCGACUGAUGUUACCAUUGACUGUCACACCGAAGCUCAUCCAAGAGCCAUCAUCUACUGGGUGUACAACUCGGUAAUGGUACUGCCGAGUAAAAAAUACAUCAUCGACUACAACGAAAACUCCUACCGGGCGCACAUGAAGCUCACCAUCAAAGGCUUAUCGAUGGGCGAUUUCGGCAACUAUCGCUGCAUAUCGAAGAACUCUCUCGGCGAAACGGAGGGCUCGAUUCGCGUUUACGAAAUUCCACUGCCAUCAACACCGUCGAAGCAAAUUACUCACGUGAUGGAACCGAAGGAGACGAGCCCGGCCGUGGUGUCACGUAAUGAAACCAUUAAGGUCGCCAGCCAACCUGAGGUCCUGUUUCCGAUGAAGAACGACGAAGGCUACGCUCAGCGCUCACCGAACGGGAUCCCUUUCGAGCGCAAGGGAUCGCUUGCCAUCGGGCAAAGUUUCUCCUACACCGACAUGCCACCGAAAGAGUUCGGUGUAUCUAACGAUGCUCGCAGCAGCUACGGUGUGUUCUCGCUACUAUCACUAACGACGAGUGUCGUCCCAUCGACGCUGCUAGUGCUGUGCCAUCAACGCUGCGAGCGCUGGCUGUUUCUGUAA